CAACUUGGAGUCUUGGACCUUAUACUUCAUUCUAGGAGCUGUAUCCACUAGUACUCUGCAGUCUGCACACCACACAGAAGUUAGUGAAUGACCAUGGGUGGUGCCACCGUGCGGUUGUUCACUCUGUUACCUCUUUUUCACCCUCGCCGCCCUUCUUCACUCCUCUUCCUUCGUAGCCUGGUCUCUCACAAGUCCUCCCUCUUUCUCUUCCCUCUACUAUCUCUUCCUCCCUCCCCCUUUCUCUCUCCUCCCAAAUGCUCUCACCAACUUCACACCCAAAUUCCAUCACUUAACUCAAUUUCAGGAUUUGAUUCUCAUCAUCCAUGGCCUGAGUUUACAGAUUUUGUUCAUUGGGUUUCUCGUUUGGGGUAUUCUAAUGCACCCCUUGAUGUUCAUCAGUUUGUGGAUGUUCAACUUUUGCCUCAGAAUUUUCUUCAGGAUGCUAAUGCUUCUUUGGCUUUCGCUCGAGAUCACCCCGCUUUGUUGUGGUCCCUUCCAAGGGAGGACAUAGAGGUGGUUGUUGAGAAUGGUUCGCCAUUUUUGUUUAUCAAUGCUUCUGCUGCCGCAGCGAGGAUGAAAUCUUUUCUAGGUGGAGGCACUAAUGAUGUAUUAGCAUCGGAUGAACCAAGCACAGCCGAUCUGGUAGAGUUUUUGUUGAGUUAUGCCCACACGACUAUUAAAUUUCCAGAGAACAUGCAAAUACACAGUAGAGUCGAAUCAUCUGUGAGGAAAUUGUUCAAUGAGUUGGCUAACUCUAAUGGAAGCUCUGUGGACUCUGUUGCAACAGCACAGUUUUCUGAAAGAUACAGGCAAGCACCAAAACCUUUUGAAAAGAAAGUGGAAAUGAAGAAAGGCGACUGGUUAUGCCCAGAGUGCAGUUUUAUGAACUUUGCUAAAAACUCGGAAUGUCUUCAGUGUGAUGAGCUUCGGCCAAAGAAAUUUGUAUCUGGUGAAUGGGAAUGUCCGCAAUGCAACUUCUUAAACUUUGGUAGGAAUGUGGUAUGCCUGAGGUGUGAUUGCAAGAAAUCAGGAGUCAACUCAUUCCUGAGCCCCACCUCUGUCUCAGGUUUGGGAGCUGAUAUCUCUGUGAAAGGUUAUUCUGAUGACAUAAUACCUGGGAGCGGAGAUGAGCAACAGUGGUUCACUAAGAUAGCUCAGUUGGAAUUAUCGUCUGAACUGAGAAGUUCUCUAGCAGAUGAAGAUUUUCCUGAGACCAUGAAGGCAGAGGAUAACAGGUAUUCUGCAAGCAAAGGAAACUUGGGUAUCGUUAACAAUUAUGGUCCUAAUGGUUUCGAAACAGCUAGUGCUGAGAAUAGCAUCAAUGUGAAAAUUAGCCAGAGUCUAGAUGAACUUGUAGGUGAAAAAUCUUCUCCUUCUGCAACGUCUACUUUUGUUUAUUCUCAAUAUGGGAAACACAGUGAGCCAAAGUCAGGGCUUGACACUUAUGCUCCAGUUGAACAACAGAUGCUGAAUGAAAAGUCUUCGAGACAGAGAGGAAAUAAAGAUUACAAAAGAGAAAAAGAUGAAAAAUCUGAACAAUGGUUUAAGAAGGUAGGUGAGCGACAAGCCGUAAAUAAAGACCUGCCAAGUGCUAUAUCUGAUGAUGACUUCCCAGAAAUCAUGCCAAUCCACAAAGCAGAAAAUCGGUUUGUUGUUAGUAAGAAGAAAGACCGUUCUUUGACCUCUCCGAUGUACAAGAGGCGUGUGGUGAUGGAGCAAGCGGGCAGUAAUUAUUAUGUCCCCUUUGUCCCUUUUCCACCUGGAUACUUUGCCAAUGAGAAAUCACGUGAGGGUUCAGAGUCAAUCCAUGCAAAUGAACAGACUGGUCCAAUGAGCUCAGAUGCCGGAGGGGCAGGAGAGAGAAAGGAAGGUAAAUACAGUGACCCAGUUUUUGAGGCAUCCAAUAAUGUGAAUCAAAAUCCAAAAUAUUUUGAAUCACAAUUCAGGUCACCUGAUGAUGAUUCAAAAUCUCAGAGCUUAAGCGAGAAUGCAAGUGUUGGACACUCUUGGAGAGAAAGGAGUUUGGAGGGAUCAGCCGUAAAGGAACCAGAUCUGCUGGACAUGUCUGAGGAAGCCAAGGCAGAGAGGUGGUUUCGGCGUGUUGCUCAGAUAAAAGACAUUUCAGAGCUGAGCCAGAUUCCUGAUGAGGAUUUCCCAUCUAUCAUGCCAAUGAGGAAAGGAGUGAACCGAUUUGUGGUGAGCAAGAGGAAAUCACCUUUGGAGAGACGGUUGACGUCCUCACAGUACCCGAGGAAUCUUCCUGUUGUGAAUUCUGAUUCUGUAAGGGAGGAAACAGACUCUGAUUAACUUUUUACUGAUGCAUGAGUCUGAUGAUGUCGAUGCAUACGUUAUUAGUAAGCUGGGAUGCAAUAGGCUGAAAGUCUUGCUGUCCAAAUCAUGGUUACUCCUAUAACGGAUUGUUAAUAAAUACUAGGCUAGAUGGAAACGUGAACUAGCUGGUGCUUGUGAGAUAUCAAAGGAAAUUAAGUUUGAAUUCCAAGCACUGAAUACGGUGAGAAUUGAUGAUGUGAAAAAGAUCACUUUCACAUUGUAAUUGUACUAUUCUACAGUUUUAGAAAGUACUUUCAGAUUAUAGCUUAAACUGUAGCUAAAACCAUCUUGCUAUUUUGUAUGUAGGAGAUUCUGAACAUUUAUUAUAGUGACUAAAGAAUUAUAUUGUC